AUGGAGAUGUCUGACACAGUCAAACCUGUGACCUCGUUCCUCAUAGAGGACAUCCUCUCCCUUCAGCACGGCGCGGUCUUUAAUGGCAAACGCUGUUCACAGAAGAUGGAAAGAUGUUCACAGUGGAGCGAAGGAUCUGAAAGGUUCUCAGAGCCACUCUGCCCCCGGGGGACAGCCGUCAGAGUGCAGACAGGGUCCCUGGACACAUCCCCCCGCCCCAGCACCUCAGAGUCCAGCAGCUUCUCCUCCUCGGAGAAACAGAAGCGCUCCAGAGCCGCGUUCACACACCUCCAAGUGCUUGAACUGGAGAAGAAAUUCAACCACCAGAAAUACCUGUCCGCCCCAGAGAGGGCUCACCUGGCCGGCACCUUAACACUAACGGAGACCCAAGUGAAGAUUUGGUUUCAGAACCGCAGAUACAAGACGAAACGAAAGCAGCAGACGUUGGAGUUCUGUAAGGACGUGUUCACGGCAGAGGGUCUGGGUCUGAGAGACGAGCUCGUCCGAUCAUCACUGAUCACCUCCUUCUGCAAAGCGUACCAAUGCAGACCCUACAUGUGGGACUACAGGGGCCCCUGGGGGCCCACAUUAUGGUGACAGUGAAAUGAUGUCUGAAGCUAUGAUUCAUAAUCAUGAACCUACUUUUGUAUUAAGGCUCUAUGUUCACUAUUAAAGUU